CUUUGAAUGAACUUUUGGGUCAGAGCAAGUGACGGUGUUUAUGGGUCAUGGACGUUCUUUAUUGGACUUCUACUUUACAUGGAUCACAGCAACCUGUGUUCAGAGAAAGUGUCCUUUGUUGUUCCUGUGCCGUGAUGUCCAUAGGAAACAGACAGUAAUAGUGUGAUGAUUCAAACCAGGAACAUACUGUACUGGCUGACUGGCCGCGUGUAUUUCAGCCGUGGACGGAGGGUGAGCAUCGGGGAGGUGGGCGAGGCGUCUGCGGAGGAGGCUGUCUGCGCGUAGCGGAUCCGUUCCCAUCACAACGGGCGUCCUCCUCCAGGCGACCGAAGCAGGACGUCGCCGCUCCCUGGAUCCAGGAACCUCUCAGUGGCCAUGGCGUCCGGGCUCCCCGCUGGGUGCGUGUUCGCCCUAUGCGUCCUCCUGUCUCCGUGUGUUUCUGGAGUCGAAUGGUGUGAGGAUUACAUGUCUCAAGGAGGCUCAUACCAUGCUUUUGAUUCCUCAUGUGAAAAGUUUUGCUGCGGCACCUGCUACAGCAGAUACUGCUGUGAUUCAGAAACCGAUAGGAUUGCUGCGUAUGAUCAAAACGCCUGUUCCGCUUUACACUUUGUAAAUAUACGUCUGCCCUUGAUCGCUGGUAUUGUCAUCCCGAUCAUCGUUGUGCUCAUAUUGAUCUUCUGUUGCUUCUGCUCCCGCUGUCCCCUAUACAAGAGGUGUCGGAAACCCAAGCCUGUGGAAAAUUCCACCACCCACUCCACAGUGGUCCCCCUUCCUCAGCAGUAUCCUCUGCAGCAAGUGGCGACACCAGGACACCCUGCAGGGUACCAGCAUCCAUCGUACCAGAUCACACCAAUACAGCCAGCGUAUGGAGCCCAACCCAUGCCCCAGAGCUAUGGAGCUCAGCCCACAGUACCCUACCAGGGACAGCCAUUCACACCAGGACCCCCUCUAACUUAUCAAGAAUCCAGUGGCUUGUCCUGCCAACCCACUCAACCCACUGCCUCCCAGCCAAACACUGCAUCCUCUACUGCCUCCUGCACAGCCACAGUUUAAUGCUCCGGCCUCAUCGACAAACUAUCUGACCCAACCAGCAUACAACCCAGAUUAUGUUGGACCACACCCCAAGACCGGAUGAAGGGCCAUAAUGUUCAUCUCUGAGCCACUUGAAACAUUGUGCAUCAUUUAAAAAAUAUUGGCAAAACUAGGAAUGUUUAACCAGAAUAAAAAUGGUCUUCAUUAUUGAUUCAUAUUUGAAUGUUAAGACACAUUUGUAGUUAAUAUGUCUUUGAUCAUAUUGCGUAGACACCUCAUUUAUGUGUGGUUCAAGUUUCUCAUUGGUUUUGGAAAUGGAAAAAAUCCACGAGAAGUGACUGGAUGGAAAGUGAAACCAUCAACACUGAGUACUUCCUUAGUCAUAAAUCAAGUAUGUUAAAAGUUCAAGCUUUUAAAUACAUACACAAUUGUCAAAGUCAUCUUAACAGUGUUUUUUAUUCAGUCUGUUGGCAGAAUGUGGGGGAAGAAGGAGUUUUACGAAGCAAACCCAUGUGAAUGUGUUUGUUUCCUUGUUGCCUAAAGAAUCAGAUUUUUUUGGGAUUCUGUUGCUCAUGUGCAUUUAUAUGUUUUCAGUGACUGUGAUUAGACUUAGUGGUCAAUUCUUGGAAAAGGAGUUCAGUAUCACUGGAUAGAAUCUCAUUGCUUUCCAGUUUACAUCCGACCCAAAUAAGUGUUUUUUGUAUACGCUUAUCAGUAAUAUUCAGGGAUUAAGGGACAGCUUUUCAUUUAAUAGUUAGUUCAUUUAUUGACAAUAUUUUGCUUUGCACCUUAUUUACUGUAACAUUGUAGCCACACAUCAGCAAGACUUUUACAUAAUUAGCAGUUUCACAGCAGCAUCUAUGUAAUUCUACUGUUUAGAGUCUGUCUUCAUUAGAUGACACUGAUGUGAUGGUUUAAUAACUAGUUAUUAUCUUUUUGCUGCUCUGCUUUGUGUUUUGGAAAAUUUGUUUAUUUCAAGAUGUUUUUUCUUUAACCAUACUGAACUUGGUGAAAUAGAAUCAGAGUUUGAGACAGUUGAGACAUUCAUUUGUUUAAAAUGACAGAUAUUUCAACUUCUUUUGUUCUGCCUUUGUGACCUUUUAGAGACGACACGCAAACAUGUUGCCAACAUACCGUAGUUUGCAAUUAAACUUGUUUGUGGUGGAAUGUACAGGUCUCGUAGAGCUAACUGAUUCUCUGUAGCUCUGACUUUCACCUGAGAUCUGAUUUAUUUGUGUGUGUGUUACAGACAUUUACAUUGUAUAGAUUCCAUAGCCAUUUAUAGCCAAAUGUAUUCCUGUUCUAUCUCUUGGUCCCAGAAUAAUUGUCCUUGAUCCAAAUAUAAAUAGGUUAGCUGCAAAAUUAUUUCCCCUCAUGGCUUUAUUGCUAUGGUCAGAACUUUUGAUGUGACAAAAUGUUACAAGUAAAUAGUUAACCCUGAUGUCUUCAGGGAUCAUUGUUGCUUUUCCAGAUGUGCACCCCAACACUACUGAGAUGCAGACUUUCACCUCUGACUCCAAGGUGGAUGCUCCCGCUUUUUACAUGGGAGGAAGCUGAGCAAGUGGUUUUUAUCUGACUGACCACAGAACAGUUUCUACUUUGCCACAGACUGCUUUGAAUGAACUUUUGGGUCAGAGCAAAUGACGGUGUUUAUGGGUCAUGGACAUUCUUUAUUGGACUUCUACUUUACAUGGAUCACAGCAACCUGUGUUCAGAGAAAGUGUCCUUUGUUGUUCCUGUGCCGUGAUGUCCAUACUUAUAGACAGUAAUAGUGUGAUGAUUCAAACCAGGAACAUACUGUAGUAAAGGUAUGUGAUAAAGAUUGUUAUAACAAAGAAUGUAUGUCGUUUUCUACUUGGAAUACAAGCACAGAGAAAGACG